ACGUGGUAGAAAGAAAGCAGAGAGAAAGAAAAGCAGAAAAUGGCAGAGGCAAACAGGUGGUCUCUUCAGGGCAUGACCGCUCUUGUUACUGGAGGAAGCAAAGGAAUUGGGUAUGCUAUUGUGGAGGAGUUGGCACAGUUAGGGGCUGCCGUACACACUUGCUCUAGGAAUGAAUCUGAGCUUAAUGAAUGCUUGCAACGAUGGAAUGCUAAGGGAUUUCAAGUUACUGGUUCUGUUUGCGAUGUGGUGUCCUCUGCACAGAGACAAGAUCUUAUAGCUAAAGUCUCCCGUGUGUUUCAUGGCAAACUUGAUAUCCUUGUGAACAAUGUGGGAACAAACGUAACAAAACCAACUCUAGACUUUACAGCGGAAGACUUCUCUUUCAUAGUCAGUACCAAUUUGGAAUCGGCAUAUCACAUAAACCAACUUGCACACCCUCUUCUAAAAGCUUCAAAAGCUGCAAGCAUUGUUUUCAUAUCCUCCGUGGCUGGUGUGACAGCUAUAAAUGGAAUAUCAAUAUAUAGUGCAACGAAAGGAGCAAUGAACCAGCUAACCAAGAACCUGGCGUGUGAGUGGGCAAAAGACAAUAUAAGGACCAACUGCAUUGCACCGGGCCCCAUUAAGACAAGCCUCGUUGAAGAAUUUUUCGAAAAGGAUGAAAAGGCACGUGAGAAUUUCAUCAGAAGAAUCCCUUUGCAACGAGUAGGGGAGCCAAGCGAGGUGUCUUCCAUGGUGGCAUUCCUCUGCUUGCCAAGUGCCUCCUACAUAACGGGACAGACCAUUUGCAUCGACGGAGGAUUUACAGUGUUUGGUUUGUGAGCUCGGGGCGGUCUUGGAAACAAAUAAAUCAAAGUUAUUUUUUUUUUUUAACCUUCAUUUAUAAUCAAUUUUUUAUGUCAUUCUUGUUUUGACAAAUUAUUGCAAGGUGAGAAUAGAUAUAAACCCUUUCUAUCGGGUGAUGGCCAAAA